CCGUUCUGAGUCGAAUUCUGACGCGUCAACGUCAACCUUCUAUUCACAUCGCAGCCACAGUGCGGUGACUGCUCCUGCCAGUGAUCCAUUGCUCUAGCAUAUUCAGGCCGAUCCAAUAUUUGCUGUCCAAAAACCGAUCACCGACAAGAGAGGCCAAUGAAGAGUCGAAGGAGGCAAUUACGGAUGGCGAAACCGCCGGUCUUUCUUCCACUUCAAAUCCCAGCGCUCUGUUGCGUACCUCCACUCCCUCUCUUGUCCGGUGUUAACUCUUUACUCAAUUUUUCUCAUUGAUUUAAUUAACAUUCUUGAUGUCGCCCUUCUUUUUCAGGUGGUUUGAAAUACAAAUUGAACUUCCACUAAAGGAGACCUGCGUUCUCAAUCUCCUAACGGACGAUCAAAGUUAGCCCAGACAUCGUGUCGAAGAGCCAAUACAUCUUGUCAAGGCAUCGGACAUCGCGGUUCGCUACUAUGGCACAGCAGCUCACUCAGUUCGUGUACGGCAAAAAUGGUAUGGACGGGGCGUGCAUCAACAGCCAGACCUGUGGCGUUCUUAACGAAUAUUUUGAGAACAACUAUCAUGCUGACAUUACAGAUGGCAAGUUUGGCUUCUUGCCCGAACCUUGCAGAUCGCUGGAGCUGCAAAUGAAGUUGUGCCAGGAGCAUAUCGAGCUUCUGAACGUCAACUGCAGAUGGCUUUACGUUUCAUUGGAUUUGCGGCGCGAAGGCUGUCUACCUUUCUCAUCUCCGCAUUUAGUGGGUAGCCCGCCACUAUGCUCUCCGUUGCCUAAUAACAGUCUUUCAUUGAACCCUCAUCGCGUGUCUGUAACCAGUGAUUCACCCACACCUUGGUCUCCACGUUUAGGGACUGCUCAUUUCCCGCAAUGACAUUGUAAACUCCCAGUACUAACAGCGUGCUGUGAUCGCGCUAUCCCUCGAAAGACGUCUUCUAAUAUGCAGCCAGGAGGCCAUUCAGCUGCUUCGAGACCAGCCAGCAAUGACCACAUUGCCCUUGCUCAGUGCCCGCAUGCGACGAGAUGGCGUGUGGAGAUAUCAUCCGUCUCAAAUAGCCCCACACGUCACACUCAAAACGCUGUUGAGGACGUGCUACGUUCCUCACAUACAAUAUGCAUAUCAUUCGAUAGUUAGUCGAAUGUGUAGGCUUAUGCAUACUCUCGUACCGUCAUCCCUUCGAUAUUCGAUACUGUACACAUUGCAUCCCAAGUGCCCU